GUUGCUUGCUCCACUGUGACUCGGCGAUCAUUGUUGGUUUGGGAACUUGUUUUAGUAAUAGGCUAGCUUGUGUGUGUAUUCAGAGAAAUCCCUCAAAUCUGGUUACAGGAAGCCAUGUAGGGAAGAUGGUGUCCAAAAUCAAAUCAUGUCUGCUAAAUCUAGGGUUCCUUGUAUCCUUGUUGGCGAAUCAUUGCGGGGGUGAAUCUUCGACGUGUUUGGCUGUUUACAAAGAAGGCGGAGCUCCAGGGGUUUUUCAAUCCCCCAAAUGCCCUCGUUGGAAUCUCCACAAUUGGGGUUGGGGGGCUUCUCGUACCCAAUCCGCAAGUGGUCCUUGCCACACCGCGGCCAUACAGGGUCGGAGGAAUUACCAGGAGGAUCGUCUUCUCUGUGCCCUUGAUCUUCGCAUCCCCUUUCCCCGCAAAUCUGGAACAAAGGAUGUUUUGGUUGGAAUCGCAGCAGUCUUUGACGGUCAUAAUGGUGCAGAAGCCAGUGAGAUGGCUUCAAACCUUUUCUUGGAUUACUUUGCUUUGCAUAUCAACUUUCUCUUGGACGCUACCUUUUCUGCUAUGACUCGCAAGUUGAUUGGAAGAUUACCAACUCAUCCAGAGCACGGUCUUAUUUUGCAUGGCGUCAGUCAGGACGAGAUCACGCAUCUGUACAACCUCGAUUUCUUAUUGCAGUUUCGAGACUCAUUGCCUCUUGAUUUUGACGAUUCUCUUCACUUAGAUAUCAUGAAAGAAGCAUUGCUGAGAGCGAUCCAUGACAUUGAUGCCACAUUUACUAAGGAAGCAUCUACUCGAAAGUUGAUUUCAGGUUCAACGGCUACAAUUGCACUUAUCGCAGAUGGUCAACUCAUGGUUGCUAGUAUCGGUGACUCAAAGGCACUUCUGUGUUCCGAAAAAUUUGAGACUCCCGAAGAAGCUAGAGCUACUUUGGUGAAGUUGUACAGAGAGCGAAGGCGCAACCAAGGCUCCUCGCCAUCAAGGUUUUCUGAUUUUAAACUGGAACAUGGCAAUGGACUACUGCGUUUCAUUGCCAAAGAAUUGACAAACGACCAUCACCCUAAUAGAGAGGAUGAAAAGAUUCGUGUUGAAGCUGCAGGAGGUUACGUUACUGAGUGGGCUGGUGUGCCACGAGUGAAUGGUCAGCUGACUCUCUCCCGAUCAAUUGGUGACCUUACUUAUAGAAGUUACGGUGUCAUCUCUGCACCUGAGGUGAUGGACUGGCAGCCUCUACUGGCUAAUGACAGUUACUUGGUAGUGUCAUCAGAUGGCAUCUUUGAGAAGUUGGAGGUGCAAGAAGUUUGUGAUCGUCUGUGGGAAGUGAACAAUCAAACUAGCUCUGGAGCAGGAGCGCCUUCAUACUGCUCAAUUUCUUUGGCAGACUGUUUGGUUAAUACUGCUUUUGAGAAGGGAAGCAUGGACAAUAUGGCUGCUGUUGUUGUUCCUUUAAAAUCGAAUCUAGUUACCCAGCUCCAACGGAAGGAGCAGAGUAUGACUGACAACCAAGACAAGAUUGCUGCAACACUACCUAGUAACAACUGUGCGAUGCCAUUGCCUAACGAUAUGAAUCUGGGUCCAUUGCAAUUGAAACAGGCUCAACCACUUGCAACCAUGUUUAACAGGUUAUUGGUUGAAGUUAAAAAUGGAAGUUUUUGCCGCUUUUAUAUGUCAGAAAACCUUAUUGGGGCGUCUCAAGGGCAACUGGAUCAGUUGAACGGUUACAUGGGUGACUUACCUCAGGUUCUAUCUGCAUCUGCCGAUUCAUUCUCUGGCUGGUGUUUGCCUUCUGGAACGGCUACCAACGAGAACCGAGAUCAGUGUAUCAAUCCUGAUAGCUUUGCUACUUUCCUUGGGUUACUUGAAUCUGUACCGUUACAUGGUUUUAACGGGACGGAUGAGAUUCCAUUUCCGGAUUUGAGGUGCUUUUUUCUUUUCCUUUGGGAUUGCUAUGUGCUGAAGAAAAAAUUUGGACGUGGUGCAUUUGGUGAGGUAUGGUUGGCAUUUCACUGGAAUUGCUAUCAAGGAAAUAACGCUACUAGUUGGAAUAAUAAAGCUGUGAAUACAUCAAAAAAUGGUGUGAAUGAUGAUGCUUAUGUUCCUGAUAACUCCUUCAUUUUGAAGCGGAUAAUGGUGGAGAGAGGAUCAACUGUCUAUCUAAGUGGUCUGAGGGAGAAGCAUUUUGGUGAACUAUUUCUAAAUGCAUACAAUAAAAAUAGAAGUUCUUCUGCAACACAAACGUCAUGUUCUAAACAAGCGUCAUCAGAACUGGGUCUCUCUGAAGAGGGUUUGAAACAUAUUGCUAGAUACAUAGAGUAUUUCGAAUCUCGAUAUAAUGACAUAUGGCUCGUGUUUCACCACGAGGGUGUGUCUUUAUCAAAGCUGAUGUACACUGUGGAAGAAGCAGAGAAUGGUUCUGCUGGUGAAAAGGCUGAAGAGGCAAGUCAUGGGCAGAUACUUCGUCCGUCGAAGUGGUGGACCUGGUUGAAGACGACAGAAGCAGGAAAAGAAGAAAUGCAGAGAAUAAUAUGGCAAUUGUUGUUAGGUCUGAAGGCAUGCCAUGAUCGCAAUAUUACUCACAGAGAUAUCAAACCUGAGAAUAUGGUGAUAUGCCUUGAAGACAUCAAGUCAGGCAGAUGCUUAAAGGGUGUACCAAAUGGAGAUCAUAACUUCAAAACUACAAUGCGAAUCAUCGACUUUGGCAGUGCCCUUGAUGAAUAUACGAUGAAACAUCUGUAUGGGUCAACAGGUCCUUCAAGAGCAGAACAAACCCACGAUUAUGCACCACCAGAAGCCAUUUUGAACAGUAGCUGGCACCGUGGGCCAACCAGCUUGACAUUAAAAUACGACAUGUGGAGUGUUGGGGUUGUGAUGUUAGAGAUGAUUAUAGGGUCACCAAAUGUUUUUGAGAUUAGUUCUGUUACACGUGCCCUUUUGGAUCAACAUAUCAGGGGUUGGAGUGAAAACUUUAAAGAACUUGCAUACAAACUUCGAUCCUUUAUGGAGAUGUGCAUCCUAAUCCCAGGUAGCUCUUUAAACCAUGGUGGUGCCAGCUCAAAGCAGGGUGGGAUUUCACUUGCGUCAUGGAAAUGCUCUGAAGAAUUUUUGGCGGAACAGAUAAAGAGUAGAGACCCUCUGAAGAUAGGGUUUCCUAAUGUGUGGGCUUUAAGGUUGGUGAGGGGUCUACUACAGUGGUACCCUGAGGACAGAAUAAACAUAGACGAGGCUCUGCAGCACCCUUAUUUCCAGCCUCCGCCCGGCUCUUUGUAAAGUUGUGAAGGUAGGAGCAAGGUUGAAAUGAGGAGGGAAGUAGAUGGUUGCAGAGACAUCAAAGAGGAGAAGCAGACGUAGCCAUCAAAGGUUGUGGAGAAAGACUUACCUUCAAAUUCCUAGAACGAACAUUAUCAUACUGUAGUUUGUCUUUUCCUUGUAAAUACUGAAUUAUUGACAUGAAAUUCCAUGUAUUCUUUUCAGUUUUCAUUAGGACUAGAAAUUUUAUUUCACU